CAAAUUCCAAGUCGUUCGACGAUCGGAAUCACACCCGACCCCGUUAUUUCCCAAGUUUGUCUUGAUUAAGAGUCGAUAAUCUGUUAUAAAGUUUUCAGGACAUUCAUAAUGCCAACAGACACUCCGAAUUCUGUUGAUGAGACAGAAGUAAUCAAGGAUGAUUGGUGUGACCCAGACGAACCUAAAACAAUCAAAUUCCAAGACAUCAGUGCUGCAGCAUUUAAGAUCAAGAAUGGUAUCGUGCGGACAGAUUGUGCGAAAUCAUAUGGUUUGUCCACUGAAACAGGAGUUGAACUUUUUUUCAAGAGGGAAUUUCUUCAUCAUACUGGCAGUUUUAAAGAGAGGGGUGCAAGGUACACAUUAAUGAUGUUGAAUCAAGCUCAGAAGAAAAUUGGUGUGAUAGCAGCAAGUGCUGGUAAUCAUGCUUUGGCUCUGGCUUAUCAUGGCCAGGACCUAGGGAUACCAGUCACAGUCGUCAUGCCUAUCAUUGCCCCUCUCAUGAAGGUGACAAACUGUAAAACUUAUGGCGCUACUGUGCUGGUGCAGGGAGCAGAUAUUGGAGAGUCACGUGAGAUUGCAUUAAGAAUAGGAAAGAAAGAUGGCCUUACAUAUAUCAAUGGUUAUGAUCAUCCACACAUCCUUGCUGGACAAGGUACCAUGGGUCUGGAGAUGCUGGAACAAGUGAAUGACCUGGACGCAGUGGUGAUUCCUGUAGGAGGGGGAGGAAUGAUUGCUGGAACAGCCUUGGCUAUCAAGACACUCGACCCAAAUGUCACGGUUAUUGGAGUGGAAUCUGAACGCUGUGCUAGCUUCACAGCGUCUCUGAAGGCAGGGAAGCCUACCUACACACCAGCAUCUCCCACCCUAGCUGAUGGUCUCGCUGUUCCAAUGGUUGGUGUGAAUGCCUUCGCUACUGCUGCACCACUCAUUGACAAGAUGGUUGUUGUCAGUGAGGAAUACAUUGCCCUGGCAAUCUUACGACUCGUGGAGAUGGAAAAGUUUGUGGUGGAGGGUGCUGGUGCAACUGGACUUGCUGCUGUGUUAGCUGGACUAUUACCUGAAUUAAAAGGCAAAAGAGUUGUCCUACCUCUUUGUGGUGGUAACAUUGAUACCACAAUAUUGGGGAGAUGUCUAGAGAGAGGUCUCGCUGUUGAUGGGCGUCUCUGCAGAUUUGUUGUGGUCGUCUCAGAUAGACCUGGUGGGAUUGCUGAACUGACUCGUUGUGUCGCUGGUCUGGGAGUAAGCAUCAAGGACAUCUACCACGAGAGAGCAUGGCUAAAAGGAGACAUCUUUUCUGUGGCUGUGAAAUGUGUCGUUGAGACCAGAGGUUGGGAUCAUGCUCAUGAAUUGGAACGAGUAUUGACAGAGCACUAUGGUAGCUCCAAUCUUUCAUGGGGACCCAGGACAUGAAUGACUGUCGUGUCGUCAGGAUAAGAGCCCAUUGGAACAAUCAGCCUUUUGAUUUUGUGAUGAUCUCAGUAUUCAUAAGUGCAUGCACAUGUACAUGUAUAGACUCUUUUAUCUUGUCAAGUUGAGUGCUAUCUCCACCUGUAUGCUAAGACUUGUCCACAUUGACUGAAAAUGAUGACCAGUCGUGUCUCACUUCAACCUUAACUUAUUUGCUUCACCUGUGUUGCUUGCAGAUCGUUGUUGGCUUGUAUUGUUAUUUUUGCUUUCUUCACCAUAAACUGGGAUGAGGUAGUAAUUGCUACUGCUAUUCCUGCGCCCUUGCCAUGCAGCUAUAUGUACAGAAUAAUGGCUUCAGGAAAAUGUGUCUUCGAAUAACUGGUCUCAUCUCUCGGGACGUGUUACAUGGGGACAAAUACCCUGAAGCCCAAAAGAAUGUCGGCCUUGCAAUCAAAUUUAGAGUUAAGAGUUAUAGAGUUGGUUUGUGUUGAGUAUGUUAUGAAUCAUAAUUGUCUGUUUAUCAGGCCAUAUGUUUACAAUGUUUGCAUCUUCUGAAGGGGGAGGAGGGAGGAUUGACUCCCCAUUGGGAUCUGAAAAUUGAAAAAGUGUGCAUCUGUUCUUAAAAGUAUGGUUCUUAUUUAUAAUCUUUAUCUCAUCGUGUCAUAUUAUGUAAUGUAUAUGUAGUGCUUGAAGUACUCUAAGUACUUGGCACAUAUUGCCCUUGUCGUGCAGCUAGCUCGUGUCGUUAUCUUUGCUCGUUAUCAUUUCAUUUAAUGUUAUAAAGUAUGUGCUAGGUUUGGAUUAUACAAAUGUAUGUUUUGUGGUAUAGGAAUAAAUGCUUUAUAAACUCGCGGAGGAGUUGGGUUUCAAAAAGCCAUGACCAGUCAGGACUCUCUCAGGGAGACCAUGCAUAAUACAUGUAAUAUCCUCACAAUGCAUUUUGUUACUUUGAGAUGUGUGUUACUGUCUAAUAUGUGUUUACAGACCACUUAACUGGUUUGAAUUUUGAUAUAGUAUGAUGUAUCACACCAUUGAUAUUGUAACUGUUUUGUCCUCAUUUGAAUUAUUUAUGUUGGUUUUACCAGUUUAAGAAGCUGAUACAUGUAGGUUUAUACAUGUACACCUGCAUGUAAAUUUGAUACUUCUCUUAGCAAUGGCUUAUGCACUGUGAUGUGAUAAAUUUCAAGACUGGACUACAUGUAUCUAUGAUUGUUUUACAUGUUGAUACAUGUACAUGUAUUGUAAGUAACAGCACUAGUGUAUCCUAGAAUCGUAUUGUAUCAUAGAAUUGGGGGUGGUAAAAAUCGAAUUUAAAAACUGUUAAUUCUGGUUUUAAGAAUAAAAAAGACUACAUGUGUAGUUUGA